GGGCAGGCGUGACGUCGGUGGUGGAGCCUACCUUUGCCUGCCUCCGCACUGCCGCACACGUUUGACAGCUCAGCUCUCGAACCGCAUUGCCCGUAGGCGUACGGCUGCGAGCUUGCCCCAUUCUUGCUGCGAAUCGCAUCGUGAAAUAACACUUUAUUGGGCAGGUAAAUAUCCUAAACGAGGCAAACUCAACCGCACUUUCAGGGUAGGCGAUUAUGUAGCCUAUAGGGAUUUACACCGACAGCGAAGACUUGGAUGUUCCCACACAACUGGUCUGGGGGUGGUUGUUUUUAUUUAUUUCAGUUGGGAGAAAAAGCCAUCGGAUUGUUCCUCGUUUGAAAUACGUACUUUAAAAGGGAUACAAACAUGUCCAGGGAUCCAGAAGAUGUCAGCAAGCUCACCGAAAGUACAUACAAGAAUGUUAUGGAACAGUUCAACCCCGGGUUACGGAACCUGGUCACCCUGGGAAAGAACUACGAGAAGGCAGUGGGUGCCAUGAACCUUGCCGGAAAGAUUUACUUUGACGCCGUGUCAAAAAUAGGGGAGAACGCGGCAGUGUCACCGGUCUCCAGGGAACUGGGUGUUGUGCUGGUGGAGAUCGCUGAAGUACACAAGAAGAUCCACUUAGAGUUGGAGGAGAAUUUCAAAAUAUUUCACAAAGAGAUCAUUACAGAGCUAGAGAAGAAGACGGACAUGGAUGUGAAAUACAUGAAUGCCACUUUUAAGAGGUACCAGUCAGAGCACAAAAUGAAGCAGGACUCCGUGGAGAAAUCCCAGUACGACCUGAAGAAACUGCGCAAGAAGAGCCAAGGAAAGAAUAACAGCAAGUAUCAAAGCAAAGAGAAUGAGUAUCUGGAGACGCUGUCGUCGCAGCAGAUGGACAUGCAGAAGUUCAUAGCGGACGGCUGUAAGGAGGCCCUGAUGGAGGAGAAGCGGCGCUUCUGCUUCCUGGUGGAUAAGCACUGCGCCUUUGCCUACGAGUGCUCCCUCUUCCACGACAAGGUGAAAGAGCUGCUGAUGUCCAAGGUGCCCGCCUGGCAGGAUAAGUACUGCGACACCACGGAAGUGCCGGAUACCGUGGCGACCAUGAUCGAGGGGCUGAAAGCCGCCACGCCCCAGCCGUCCCCCUCCUUAACGCACGGCGGGAACCACGUCAGGGCGAACUCGGACGCCAUGAUCCCACCCCCAGCCCCACCCCUGAAGGCCCACUCCAGCCCCCUCACCAGCAUGUUCACCCCAAACAAGCCCACAGAGCCCCUCGUACCCAUCACCCCUGUCACCCCUGUUGCCCCUGUCGCACCCGUCGGACCCAACCCCCCCUCAGAUAACGGCGAGCCAGCCACCCUUUCCAGGUCUGAGUCAGUCUCCUCGGACCUGAACACGGCAAAUAAGCCCAAGGUCCGCACCAUCUUCCCCCACACGGCCGAGAACAACGACACGCUGCUCAGCUUCGAGGAGGGAGACAUCGUCACGCUGCUCAUCCCAGACGAGCGGGACGGCUGGCUGUACGGCAAGCUCGAUAGGACCAGCGGGAGGGGCUGGUUUCCAUCCUCUUACUGCCGUUUGUACACAGAGUCAGUGACAAGCAGCAGCCUGGAGUCGUCGAGCAUGCUGAGCCUCACACAGCCCGGGGGUGAGGAGGAGGAGGAGGAAGAGGAGGAUAUCCCCGUGAUUCUGCCCCCAGCGGACUACGUGGACUCGCCCACCAGCAGUGACAUCAGCCUGCCCGUCACGCCUGCGUCCGAGAGCCCCGUGAGUGUGUCUCAAGCCAAUGGUCUCCCGAAGCUGGCCUUCCUGGGGGGAGGAAACCCCUUCCUGGCGGUCAAACUUCGGCCCACGGUCACCAACGACAGAUCAUCCCCCAACGUCUAGCGCUCAGGUCAGCGGGAACGCGGAAGUGUCUCUGGUGUGGCCAGAACCAUCGACCAACAACUUUCUAACAUCUCAGCUCCGCCCCAACUUCACCCACCAUCAUCUCAGGAUCCAGACUUAUUUUAAACAUGGCUGUGCAUUCCACUGGACACCAAGGCCAAAGCGGACUGGAUGGGACCAUAAUCCUCUGUUCCCCGAUGCCAUGUUUUAUUUAAAUAACCAACAGCUCACCGUCUUAUGGCCACACAGUUUAUUUAUGUACCUGUCAAACAAAUCUUAAGAUAUAUAUUUUCCAAGAUUUAUUUUUGUUUUAGUAUGCAAAAGAAAGGUUUGUCUUGUUCUACGGGGACAGGCACAAGCAAAUAGAAAUUGCCCCCCCACCACCACCACCAAGUUUUAGAAAUGUAUAUACAUGGUAGGAUUUUAGGAGGAAGAUGUAAACUCUGCUUGUUAUGAAUUGACUUUUCCAUAGGAUGGUAGGUGAAUGUGUUCUACAGGGGAUACAAAUGAGUUUCAUCAAAAUGAGUCUAAACUAAAGAGCGUAUGGAGUAACUAAAUGAGGGAAAGGCAUGUGUUGUAGAAAUACAUUGAUCGUUUUUAGCUGAACAAACCCUUCCCAUGUGGCUGUACAGCCACUUCUCUUACAUUGGUCAGUUCCUUCAGAAAUACUAACAUGUGAAAGUUAACUUUUCAUGGGGAAAAACUCUGAAGGCAUUAGGAUUCAGCUCUUGCGCACCCUGACAAAAAUGUAAUAUAUGGGCUAUUAUAAAGAAAUCAUUUCCACUUUCAGAUAUUGUAAUAAAUAUUUUUUAACUUAUUGCUACAAUCUAUUUUUAUUUUCCCCAAAAGUCCACAUAUUUGCAAUAUAGUUAUGCAGUAUGUGAAAUUUUUGGGGCAGACCCCAGACAUUGCACCCUUGGGUUGGGCAAUUUUUCUAAAUUUCACUUCCGCUUGUGGUCCAGCUUGCUGAUUUGCGGAAGAUUCCGGACCACUUGUGGGUAUCAGGGAGAGGUGGGAUGUUUUUUCUACCUGGAAUGUUUUCGAUAGAACACUCAACUCAUGGCAGAUUCAGGCCAGCUUGAUAACAUAGAAACGUAAUGGCUUUAAAAUAUUUAUAUGGUUUGCCCAUCAGUAAAACAAUUCCUGAGGGUGACCCUACCAUCUUGGAUCUCCCAGUUAUUGCACCUUCCAGUUGGUGCUCAAUGAUUUUUUUUGCUCGCUGCCUCAUUUACCCCAAAGGCCACUUUUACUAAAGGAACACAAAUCACUAUGUUGACCAAACAAGUGAGUAGAUACUGUAUGUUAGUUUUACUGGAAGUAACAAAUAGUGCAACCAUGAGUAAUCCAGGCCUUGUUUGGAAGGUUGCUGAAUUUGUAGAAGUACUUCACUUUAUUUUCUAUUGCACUUGGGAGGGGAAAAACACUAUGAAACUCCAUAUCUCAUCAGCAUAUUCCCUGUAAAAUAAAACUCUGUUUCUUAUAUUAGCAUUGAAAAAGGGUCUUGUUUUAUUGUGUUUAUGGUCUGAAGUUAGGCUGAUUGUGUCCCUGAAGGUAAAGUGGUUUGCGGUCGGCUGUUCCCAGAUCAGUGUUAGUGUGGAGCAGCAUUCACUCUUGCCCAUGGAAAGCCAUAUGGCAGGCCCUCAAAUCUAAAUCCAGCCCUGGUUCUCUUUUCUCCCGGGUAAUUCGUUUGGCCAGACUGUCUUCACACCUGACUCCCAGGUAAAGGGAGGUUGGGAAAUUCAACCAUUGUUGGCCCUCAAGGACCGUGACCUUUGCUGAUCCCUGCCAUAGGGUGUGCUGGAUUUUGUUCUCAUCUGAAAUUUAGCAACCGAGAACCAAAAAAAAACAUGCAAGAUGAGAUUGUGGAGCGAUCAAGUGCUGUAAUUGGUCAACAACAUUUUGAGAAGUGAAGGAAAACCUCCUGGAGCUUUCCUCGGGCAAAAGUAAACAGCACCGGUGCAGAGGACAUGGCUUAACUUCACCCUCUCCUGUCCUUUCUCUCAUGGUACAGUUUGAAAAUGUUAGAGAAACCUGGUGUGUAAAAAUACUGAUGUUACUAUCCAUAAGGCUGAAGGACAGCCUGUACUGAAUGUUUGUUUUUUUAAUUGAGCCUGUAAUAAAACCAUCCAGUUUUAAUCUGA